GAUUUAAAAGGAUGAAAAGGUAGACCUGGUCAUUAGCUCCCGCCGGGGUCUCGGUACGGGCAGCGGAGAGAGGAGCCCCCAGCCCAGUCUAAGGUGGAGCUCCCCCCGGCUCACCCAGCAGCCGGCGAGCAAAAGAGCGGGCUCCGAAAGCCUCUGGCCCCGCACAACUGGGAGAUGGGGCGGUAGCAUAGAGCCACAGGAGCCCAGCCUCCAGCAACUAGUCCCUGCGGCCCCACGCCUGCGCCCGGGCACGAUUCUCGCGCCGACCGUUUGUAUUCGGAACAGCGGGUGGAAGCCCGCCACGCACCGCGGCAAGAUCUUCAAAGCUGCCCGCUCCCCAGAGCUCCACGAUUCCUCGCUGCAGAUUCCACACCGCGAUCGACCAGACUCCUGAGGAGACUGGCUCUGCUAAGACCCUCCUCAAUGGCCAGUCGGACCCCAGGCUGCAGAUUAGAAGUUUGCCUAAUUUUGAUGUUCAGAGUGGCGAGGUUCUGCCAACCGAGACGCUCGGAACCUACAGCGAAUCGUAUACAGCGGGGAUAAAAAUGCUGUUUCUUUAUGGCUCAGACUCGCAACGUCACUUCCGGCAACAAUAGGAAACGUCAAAACUCGGGCAGGCGGCAGCCCUGGCUGCUGCUGCUUUGAGGUACCCUGAGUUCGGAGUGGGCCAGGGCUGCUUCAGGGAUUCUCGCCGCUGUCACCUCCACCGGCGUGAACAAGUAAAGUUUGAUCCGACUUCUCCAUGGCCUGGGCACCAGUUCCCGGCUGAGCCAUUUUCUUUUUGGCUAAAAGCCCCCGCCCGGAGGCCGAUUCGUCGCGGCGGCGGUGGAGAUCGCAGGUCGCUCAGGCUUGCAGAUGGGUCAGGGGCUGUGGAGAGUGGCCAGAAAUCAGCAGCUACAGCAGGAAGGGUACAGUGAACAAGGCUACCUCAGCAGAGAGCAGAGCAGGAGGAUGGCUGCCAGCAGCAUCUCUAACAGCAGUCAUCGUAAACAAGUCCAAGGAGGCAUCGACAUAUAUCAUCUUUUGAAGGCCAGGAAAUCUAAAGAACAGGAAGGAUUCAUUAAUUUGGAAAUGUUGCCUCCCGAGCUAAGCUUUACCAUCUUGUCCUACCUGAAUGCAACUGACCUCUGCUUAGCUUCAUGUGUUUGGCAGGACCUCGCUAAUGAUGAACUUCUCUGGCAAGGGUUGUGUAAAUCUACUUGGGGUCACUGUUCCAUAUACAAUAAGAACCCACCUAUAGGGUUUUCUUUUAGAAAAUUGUACAUGCAGCUGGAUGAAGGGAGCCUCACAUUUAAUGCCAACCCAGACGAGGGAGUGAACUACUUUAUGUCCAAGGGUAUCCUAGAUGAUUCACCAAAGGAAAUAGCAAAGUUUAUCUUCUGUACAAGAACACUAAAUUGGAAAAAACUAAGAAUCUAUCUUGAUGAAAGGAGAGAUGUCUUGGAUGACCUUGUAACACUGCAUAAUUUUAGAAAUCAAUUCUUACCCAAUGCACUGAGAGAAUUUUUUCGUCAUAUCCAUGCCCCUGAAGAGCGUGGGGAAUAUCUUGAAACUCUUAUAACAAAGUUUUCACAUAGAUUCUGUGCUUGUAACCCUGAUUUAAUGAGAGAACUUGGCCUUAGUCCUGAUGCUGUCUAUGUACUGUGCUACUCUCUGAUUCUACUUUCCAUUGACCUCACUAGCCCUCAUGUGAAGAAUAAAAUGUCAAAGCGAGAAUUUAUUCGAAACACCCGUCGCGCUGCUCAAAACAUUAGUGAAGAUUUUGUAGGGCACCUUUAUGACAACAUCUACCUUAUUGGCCAUGUGGCUGCGUAAAAGCACAAUUGUUAAGACUUCAACUUUUAACUUCAAACUAAAGCUACCCAAGGACUUGUUUAGCAGAUAUGGGGGUUACAUUAGUGCUGGUCAUUCUAGCCUCUGUAUACAAUCAAGCUUGAGUGUACAACAUUGUUCUCUUUUACUGGUUUUUUUAGUAUAACAAUUUCCUUGAGGAACUAAAGAAUUUUUCUUAAUUUUACUUAUCAUGUUUUGCACAAAGCAGAGCCAUUGUCUGACACAGCUGUUUAAGAAUGUUAAACUGACAUUAUACUCUAAAAGAUGGUAUAUUUGUGCAUUAGAUUUGCCUGAAAAACUUUAUUCAUUUCCAUUCUUUUUAAAAAUACCAUGUAAUGUGUACAUAUUUAACUAAAGAGAUUUAUAAUCAUAAUUAUUUUAUUGUAAAGAUUUUAACUAAAGCCUUUCCUUUUUCUCUCAAA